AUGAAUCUGAGUGAAAGAGUUGCCCAACUUGAGAAAGAGCUAGCAGCUCUCCGUGCAGACAAAGACCUUACGCCCCGAAAGAAUUCUUUCCUCGCUGAUGGAAAAACAAACUUUGAUUCAUCAUCACAAGUCGUGAAUGCUUUCAGCACUUCGUCGGAAAUAACAGGACCAAUAUCAGCCUUGUCACCCACCACGGCCAACAACCCUCCUAUUCUCUCUCUAUUCGACAAUGCUAUCCUCAACACAAGCGAAACAAACAACGCUAUCUAUGACUCCAUCUCCCGAGAAUUUGGCAACGGAUCCCUCAAGCCAGUAAAUUACCAAAGCACGCCCCACUUCCGAACAUCGAGGAUCAAAAGAGCCAAAAUUUGCGAGGCUCUCACCGAUCGACUGCCUUCUCAGUCUUCCAUCUGUGAGAUUCUCGAAAUCGGCGGGAUUUGGUGGAAUCUCUUGCGAACAUUGCAUCCAUACAUGUGCUGCGAGGACGAGAAAAUGUCGAUCCAAAACUAUGUGUUUCUGGCUCUCGAUCAAGAUAAUCCUUGUAUUCUUGGAACUGCACUAUCUUGGCUUGUUAUAAGCAUGCAAUGUCUUCCUACGAGCUACGACACUAGUCACCUUAACCUACCGAUGCCCCUCAAAGACUUGACUCAACAUUAUGUGGCAAGUAUCGAUCAAUUGAUCGUAUGUGAUGAUGAAAUCUCAUUGUCGCUGGAGGGUAUCGAGUGCAUUCUACUUCAAGGUCAAUUUUAUGGCGAUGUUGGUCGUCCGCGCAAGGCAUGGACAAUUAUCAGGAAGGCCCUCAGUCAUGGGGUUUUAUUGGGACUUCAUAAGACUACCCAAGUAUCAGCCAAUCCAUCACCGCAUCAUCAACGACGAGAGAAUGUUUGGUGGCACAUGGUACAAGUUGAUGCCUAUCUUAGUCUGAUGCUAGGCCUUCAAAGCUUCGCAAGACCCCUGCUUUUGGACUCACAGGUCGAGCUUCUUCCCGGCCCUGGCAUCAUUUCUUUCGACCUUUACAGAAAAAAACUCUUUUCCGUGAUCAGCAAGAUAGGUGACCGAAACCAAGCCAUGCAAAUUUCAUCAAAUACGACGUUAACGACCACUAUGGAAAUCAAUCAGGAACUAGAUGCGCUUUCCAGUCAUUUGCAACCAAUAUCCUGGAAUACGACCAUGCCAUCUCAAACUGAGAGUAGAAAGGAUACUCUCGGAAAUUACGAGAGUAUCAUCACCAACUUGUGGCAUUAUCAAGCACAAUCGAUGCUGCAUCUUCCAUUCAUGCUGCAAAGUCCCUCUUCCGGCGAGUUCGACUGCAACCGCACAGUCUGUAUAUCAGGGUCCCGCAAAGUCGUGCAGGUGUACAUCAAAAUGCGCGAGCUUGCUGGCGGUAGGAUCAAUCUCUGCCGCCUCGUGGACUUCCAGGUUUUCAUGUCUGUUGUGAUCGUGCUUCUUGGGCUAUUGGACUGGAAUCUAGUGUAUCAGACCAUGGCGGUUCUGAAAGUGGUGUCUGCCGAGCCGGAGAACUUGAUUGCGGCUCAAUGUCUUCAAGCUUUGGAAACACUUGUGUCCAUUGGUGAUGGCCAAAUCUCAAGCAACGGACAGGCAUCUGACCGCAAGAUCUUCAUUCCGUACUUUGGGAUAAUAAAUGUAGCUCCUGUGAGCAGUUUCAUGAAUGGGAUUGCACAGGCCACGGCACCCCACCUACAAGAAAUUGACCACCCACCAGCAACCAGCUCUCAAGCAAACAAUCUGAUCAUCGACAUCGAUGUGUUCAAUGCAUUUUCAUUCGGCAAUGGUUUGCAAAACUCAGGCUCGGUUUCCCGACCGGAAGUUCCCGAUGAUAUUCUUCUCCCGGAUGCACUUACUAUGGAUAUUGAUCAAGACUGGAGCUGGAUGUUGAAUGCUGAUUAUCAAAUGAAUGGACACAUGUAA